AUGGCCCCCCUUCCAACCCCACCACCACCAUCUGACUCCUCCGCGCCCUCUUUCAAAACGAACACCUCAAGCCCAAGUCCCAACCGCGCACCGAACCAGGGUGUUCCCACCUCGUCGGUGGCGGCCACGCGAGCGUCGCCGCCCACGCCAUUUGGGAUGGUCUCUGGGGUGUCUGAGGCCGUCAUCGCCGUGUUUGACGUCUCCACAACGCUCCAAGCCCAGGGGUACCUCGCCGGGCAAGAGAUGCCGAGCAUCACCCUCCUAGAGGAGCGUGCCCCUGAGGUGUUCGAGAGCCUGCUCGCAUCCUUCUUGGCACAGUCGCAUGGCCCCGGCCCGCUCCCGCCACGCCCCAUGCCACCCCUGCUUGGUGACGGCACCGCUGUUGGCUUGCUCCGCCUGUACCUUGUCGUCAAGGCAUGUGGCGGGUUCGACACCGUGCCUUGUUGGGCGACCGUCGCUAAGACGGCCGGCCUCGACCCCACCAUGGACGCACCCAUCAAGUUGGUAUACUACAAGUACCUCUGUCCCCUGGAGGAGAGCUUACUUAGGGCUAAAAUGUUGAGAGAGGAGGCUGGGAGCAGCAGUGGUGGUGGCCGCCGCCUCUCGAGAGCCAACAAGGGAAAGUUCCUUGCACCGAUAGCUAGGAACGACCAGAGCGGUGAGCCCGAGCUGUUGGACUUGAAGCGUAAGAGGGAGGACAUUGUUGGGAUGCUCAACUGGGUGCGCCUCGUGGCGAAGAAGCCAGAUCGACGUCGCCCUAUCAAGAAGACCGCUGACAGCCACCUCAACCUAGCGCUGAUGUUCCGCCGCCAAAUGUUCGAGGAUGACGGCUUAAGCGAUAAGCCCCAUGGCUCCGCAUCGCCUGAGAGUGGUCUUACAACUGAGGAUGGACACUACAAUGGAUGGGGUGAUCAACAAUCUGCAUGUGGAAGCCAUGACUGGAACUCUCAUCAAAAUGUUUGCUCUUUUGAUCUAGUGGACAUCCCUGAAUGGACUGGGAAGCCUUCAGUCCAUUAUCAAGAUCCAGAUAUGUUGAGAUUUCUUGGAGACCCUAUUUUAACUCCAAAAGGCAAUGAAGCCUUCGAUGAUACUAUUGGCAAGGGCAGGCCAGACAAGUGCGACUGUGAAUUCCCAGGCUCCACAUCUUGUGUUGGAUUUCAUAUUGCAGAGAAAAAGACUGAACUGAAGCAUGAACUGGGCUCAUCCUACCAUGCAAUGAAGUUUGAUCAAACCGGGGAGGAUGCAGCACUAACAUGGACAAAGGAUGAAGAGAAGAGGUUUGAGAACAUUGUCCUGCAAAGCCUGCCUUCAUCCAAGUACAUGUUCUGGGACAAACUGCAUGCUGCCUUCCAUUACAAGGGCAAAGCUGACCUUGUGGGUUACUACAACAAUGUCUUCCAGCCACGCAGGAGAGCCUUCCAGAAUCGAUUAGCUCGACAUGUUAAUGGCGUAGAUAGUGAUGAUGACUCAAUUGAGCCUUCCUUCCUGCGCCUUCGUCAAGAUGGUGGAAAGAGCAGGUCUAGGUCGUCUGCUUCCUCUAAGAAUCGAAAUCGUUCGAUCUUAGGGUAG